AUGGCUGUCGAUCCCUUUGACUCCGCUCUAGACCUUCUCCGCCGUCUCAACCCUAAGCAGACGACAGACCACCUCAACGCCAUCAUCUCUAUCGCUCCAGACCUGACCGAAGAUCUUCUGUCGUCCGUCGAUCAGCCCCUAAGCGUGCGCCGCUGCAAGCAGACCGGCCGAGACUACCUUCUCUGCGACUACAACCGCGAUGGAGACAGCUAUCGCUCACCGUGGUCAAACCAAUUCGACCCUCCUCUGGAUGAAGCUGGAUCAGGUGGUGUAGGUGCUGGCGGUAACGAAGGCGCUGGCGAGGGUGCGAUUCCGAGUGAACGUGUUCGCAAGAUGGAGGUCAAGGCGAACGAGGCCUUCGAUGUCUAUCGCGAUUUAUACUACGAAGGUGGUGUGAGCAGUGUUUACUUCUGGAACCUUGAUGACGGAUUCGCAGGGGUCGUGCUUCUCAAGAAGUCUUCCCCCCAAGGCGGCAAUUCCGAAGGUGUAUGGGACUCCAUCCAUGUAUUCGAGGCAAUUGAGCGAGGAAGAAGCACACACUAUAAGCUCACAUCGACAGUGAUCCUGACCCUGUCUACGGCUGGUGGCAACCUGGGCGAGAUGGACCUUAGUGGCAACAUGACACGCCAGGUUGAGCAGGAUCUCCCUGUUGACAACGAUGAUAGCCACAUCGCCAAUGUGGGACGAUUGGUUGAGGAUAUGGAACUCAAGAUGCGCAAUCUCCUGCAGGAGGUGUACUUUGGCAAAGCCAAGGACGUGGUGGGCGAUCUCAGGAGCAUUGGAAGCUUGAGCGAGGGGGCACGGGAUCGCGAGGCUCAGCGUGAACUCAUCGGAAGCAUGAGAAGAUGA